AUGGCGGCAGCGCAGGAGAGCCCUCUCGAUAAGCCCUUCCUCGUUCCGGGCAAAGACGAGGAGCAACAGCACGGUGGCGACGACGGCGAUGUCACGAACAUGGAGGCGCAGCUCCUCCUUCCGCGCGACUCGGGAGCCAGCUCGUUCUCCCGAAGCUGCCUCAACCUCAGCAACGUGAUAUCAGGUGUUGGGAUGCUGUCCGUGCCGUACGCACUGGCGCAGGGCGGCUGGCUCAGCCUAGCGCUCUUCGCCCUCGUCGGCGCCGUCUGCUACUACACCGGUGAGCUCAUCGCCCGCUGCAUGCGCGCCGACGGCGACGCCGUCAAGAGCUACCCCGACAUCGGCCAGCUUGCCUUCGGCCGCCCCGGCCGGAAGGCGAUCGGCGCCGUCAUGUACGCCGAGCUCUACCUCGUCGCCAUCAGCUUCCUCAUCCUUGAGGGAGACAGCCUCAAUAAGCUCUUACCCGGCGCGAGCGUCGGUCUGCCCGGCGGCUACGUCUUUCGAGGGAAGCAGCUCUUCACUCUCGUAGCGGCCGUCGUCAUACUCCCGACGACCUGGCUCAGGGACCUCAGCGUGCUCGCGUACGUGUCGGCGGUCGGGCUCGUCUCGUCCGCGGCCCUGACGGCGUCCUUGGUGUGGGCCGGCGUGGCCGAGCACGGCCUCCACGCCAAGGGCGGCAACGUCGUCAACCUGGCCGGCCUGCCGACCUCCCUUAGCUUGUACUUCGUCUGCUUCGCCGGCCACGGCGUCUUCCCGACGGUGUACUCGUCGAUGAGGAACAAGGGAGACUUCACAAAGGUUCUGCUGGUCUCCUCCGUGCUCUGCAGCCUGAACUACGCACUGACGGCGGUUCUAGGGUACUUGAUUUACGGGGAUGACGUGCAGUCAUUGGUGACACUGAACCUCCCCUCUGGAAAGGUGUACACUCGGAUCGCGAUCCUGACAACCCUGAUCACCCCGCUUGCCAAGUACGCGCUCGUCAUCCAGCCCGUCACGACGGCGAUCGAGGAGAAGCUAUCGCUCGCCGGUCAGCGGUGCCUGACCAGGGCGGUCAUCAGCACCACCGUUCUCGUCAGCACGGUGGUGGUGGCGUGCACGGUGCCCUUCUUCGGCUACCUCAUGUCGUUCAUCGGGUCCUCGCUCAACGUCACGGUCGCCGUCCUGUUCCCGUGCCUGAGCUACCUCAGGAUCUACAUGCCCAGAGGAGGAGUUCGCCGUGCCGAGGUCGCGGCGAUCGUCGGUAUACUGGUGAUCGGAGCGUGCGUCGCCGUCGUAGGCACAUACACCUCCCUGCACCAGAUUGUAAGCACAUUUUGA